CUAUCCGAGCGAGAAAUAGAUGACAGAAAAAGAGAAACAUCGUUGGAGCAUUGAUGUAGAUCAUCUGUCAUCACGUACAGAGAAAAAUCUGAAUCGUUGAAAAAUAUCAUUUUUUCGACAGUAUCCAAAUUUUUAGUAGGAUUUGCCAUCGAUUUGGGAAAGGUUAAAUUCUCGAAGUGAUAACGCUAUUUUGUUAGAAGCAAGUAUUCGAAAUCUUCCUCUUUACCAAAGGUAUGAGUGAUAGAAAAGUCAAGAAGGACGAAACAAACAAAGAAAUCAUCAACAUGGGUGAAGCUGCUGGAUUCUUGGAUCGUUUUGUUGGUGAUGUCAGCAAGGGAUCUGCCACAAAACAAAUUCUCGUCGGUGCUGGAAGUGGAUGGGCAACCGGCUAUAUCACGAUGAAAAUAGGCAAAAUGGCCGCGGUGGCGGUUGGGGGUGGAAUUAUCCUUCUCCAAAUAGCCAACCAGCAGGGAUACAUUCAGAUCGAUUGGAACAAAAUUCACAAGAAGGUUGACAAGGUCACCGAUAAGGUUGAGGAAGCUGUCACAGGUCAAGGACCAAGUUGGGCCGAUAAGGCCGAACGUUUCGUUGACCGGAAAUUGAAUCAAGCUGAGGAUGUGCUGAAGAAAAAGGGCAAAAAGGCUCAGAAAUGGUACACCAACCUGAUCGGUGACGAUACCGGCUGCAAACUGAAUGAUCUGCAUAUAUUUAUGUGUGCCUUCGCUGCAGGGGUAGCCAUUGGUAUUGGAACAGCAUAGAUUUGAAUGUCUGGACAAACAUGGGUAUAUGAAUGCAGUAGAGCUGCACAUUACAUGAAAAAUCUAAACGAACAAUUUAUUACCAGCGAAAUUAUACCUAUCUAAAAUAGUAACACCGCUUUUCGUUGGCCAAACAGACGAAAAUCAGGUAGUUCUACGAAUGAACAAGUUUUACCACGCGCAGUUGUCUCACAGAUACGUCUCCUAAGAAUGAACAAUGUAUUACUGAAACUAAUUGUAACCAGCGUUUAGGAAAAAAAUGAACAUUAUAAGCGUUAAUUUAAUUCUGCGUCCCGCUCCCACAUCAGCUUUAUUGGCCGCAAGACAUCAUUCGCUGUGAUUUCACGAACAGGAUUUGAGUUUGUAAGAAAUGUCUCCGUUGCGUUGGAAAUACUUUUAAGAAUCUGCAAAAAAUCUGAGUCAUCAUGAAUCCUGUAUUUAUAUUAUUGUUAAGUAGAAGGUGCUCGAGCGUCAAAGCACAACCAGAAACCAAUAUAUUUUCAAAUGAUCAUGUAACACAUUUUUCAAUCAUAUGUACUUAACCGAAUGUAGAUAAGCUUAGCUGCAUAUCCCUAUCUGAAGCGAAAACACAGUAAUAAAAUACCAACCAACUCCACAAUAAAGAUUUUUUGUUUUAUCUUUUGAGAAAUACGCUGCAGUGCUACUUUUAAGGCCAAUUUCUAUGUUACUCGUCUCGUAUGUAAGGAACUUAUUUUUUAAUAGUUUGAACCAAUGAAGCAUGUAAUAAACGGAAUUAUUGAAACAUAAUAAA